AACCGGGACCAAACCGGGACCGCUGGGACCAAACUGCGGCCGGUGAGACCGAAGCGGGACUGAACCGUGCCCGGUGGGACAUAACCGGUACCGAGCAGUGCCCGGCGGUACCGAACCGUGCAGGGCGGUACCGAACCGGGUCCGGCGGUACCGGUUAUGGAGCCCGACGCGCUCGUGCAGUGCCCGUACGACCGGAGCCACCAGGUGCGCGAGUCCCGCCUGCCCUAUCACCUGGUGCGCUGCCAGCAGAACAACCCGCAGGUGUCGCGCACCUUGGCCACGUGUCCCUUCAACGCGCGCCACCGCGUCCCGCGCGCGCACCUGCGCGACCACGUCACCUCCUGCCCCGACAAACUGCCCCUCGAGCUGCCCCCAGACCCCGAGGACACGGCCAGGCCAGCCUGCCCCCCCGCCCAGGACUGGCAGCCGCCCCCGUGCCAGGAGGACUGGGACGCAGAGCUGGGCGAGCUGGAGCUGGAGGAGCCACCCCCGUUCAUCCUCCACGUCACCAAGGGGGACCUGCCCGUCCCCUGCCGCAGCCCCGACCCCGCCGCGCCACCGGAGGGGCUGUCCCCGAGGAAGCCCCGGCCGGCGACAGCAGCACCGCGCCUGGAGACAGCGGGAGCCACCCUGGGGACAGCCAGAGCCCGCUUGGGGACAGCCGGAGCCACCCGGGGGAGAGCCGGAGCACGCUUGGGGACAGCGCGAGCCCGGCGGCUCCCGGGGGCCCGGGGAGGUCUCGGAGCCGAGGGGGCCCCCCCGGUUUUUAAAUUUUUGCGGAAAUAAAAAUCGCCCCGAGGA